ACUGAAUUAUAUAUAUAUAUAUACUGGCGAUUUAAUCGUAACUCGUAAUGCGACCGUCACUUGACGGACCCAGUGACAGGCGUCAGCCAUUGGUAUUUGAAAAAAAUUAUUUUGUCGCAUCGAGAUAUACCAAGCCGUUUGAUUGAAUUGAAAAGCGAUUCAAUAAAUAUUUGCCAUAUCGCAGUUCUCUGAGUACCAAUGCACUUGUUUUCGAAGAAUCCAAGCUUUCACGCGUCGACUUUUGAAAAUUACUAGCGAAUGAAUGAUUUAUUGAACAGCUCGAGAUGACGGCCCGCAUAAUCUCACAAGUCUUCGAUCACUAUCAAAAAGCGAGAAUGCAAUUCGUUCAGACAGUGACGGACCUAGCCUCAAGGCCGCACAACAUCGAGUACUUGGACAAUGCCGGCGUUUUGGAUUUGCUUUGCCCCUUACUCUGGGACGUGACGCCGUCGAUUCAACAGCUCACCGCGAUCGCCCUCGGCAGACUGGCUAAUCACGACGUCAAAAUAGCUCGAGCCAUACUGAACAAAAAUAUUCUGCCGCGAAUACUGAAAAAGAUCGACAAGCAAACUGAAUUUUUCAAGAAAGCCGCCUCCUUCCUCUUACGAGCCUUGGUCAAACAUACGCCAGAAAUGGCCAUGAGGGUUGUGAGCGAAGGUGGUCUGGAAGCUAUGACUUUGUGCUUGGAAGAUUUCAAUCCUGGUGUGAAGGAGGCUGCUGCUUGGGCAGUUGGGUACAUUUCUAGGCACAACAAAUGCCUGGCGCAGGCUGCCGUUGACUCUGGUGCUGUUCCACUUUUGGUGCUUUGUCUUCAAGAGUCCGAUGUAUGUUUGAAGCAGAUUAGCACCUCAGCGCUCUGUGACAUAAGCAAGCAAACAGCGGAAUUAGCGCAACUGGUCGUGGAUGCAGGCGCUAUUCCGCUUUUGGCGAAAGCCGUGUCGAAUCAAGAUCCGAAAUUGAAGCGCCAAGCCUUGACUGCGCUCGGCUGCAUAGCAAAGCACUCGACGGAGUUGACGGAAUUCCUCGUGGAGGCGCAACUUUUUCCAGAGGUCCUUUGCCACAUGCAACAUUCGGAUGAAAAUGUUGCCAAAGCAGCGGCCACUCUGACCAAAGAAGUUUGUAAACACACGAUCCAACUAGCUCAAUUCGUAUCGAACACUGGUGGAAUCGAAUUUCUCGUCGAGGCAAUUAGAACUAGAAAAACUUCAACCAGGUUGCAAGCGAUAAUGGCUCUAGGAUAUAUUGCUGGACACUCGGAUGAACUAGCGACAGCUAUUAUCGAAAUGAAGGGUGUACAUCAAUUGGUAACAGUAUUAACGAUCGAGCAAGAAAAUCACAUAUUGUCGAUUACGAUAUGGGCUCUAGGACAAAUCGGCAAACAUUCACCUGAACAUGCUAAAGCCAUAGCAGACACUAAUGUUUUUACUUGCAUUUUAGCUCUAUAUACCAACCCUGCGAAUCCUGAAGAUCUGAGAAAUAAAUGCAAAGCUAGUCUAAAGCAAAUUUUGCAAAAAUGUAUGCAUAUUGAAGCUUUGGAACCAUUAUUGCACGACGCACCACCGAAUAUACUGAAGUACAUUCUGGGACAAUUUAGUAAGAUUUUGCCUAACGAUGCGCGAGCUCGACGAUUAUUUGUAACAACUGGAGGUUUAAAGAAAGUGCAAGAAAUUCAAGCUGAUCCAAGCUCUACUUUGUCAGAAUACAUAACAAUAAUCAAUUGCUGCUUUCCUGAAGAAAUUGUCAGAUACUAUUCGCCAGGAUAUCCCGAUAGUCUUUUGGAAGCUGUAGAACAGUAUCAACCAAAUUGUUCGUUUAACGAAUCAAAAUGUGAAUCACUGUCGAACGAGCAAAGUAAUUCCAGUAUUUCUUUAGAUGAUAAGGGAGCAGUGUUGAAUUAAAAUAGAUUUUUUUUUUUUCAAUAAAAGUGCAUUCAUUUAAAAAUUAAAAAAUCCGACAAAUAUUGCUGGUAAAAUUAAGGUUUACAAUCAUAUUACAAAACUUAAUUAUAAAAGGGUAUAACGGUAGCGCUCGUAUGGCCAAGUGUUUGUUAAAUUUUACAAAAGAAUAUGUCGAAUUAAUAUAAAUAAAAUAUAAUUAUACGCGUGCGAAUUAUAUUAAAAAAUCGCAAUCAAACUCGAGCUGCGGCAAGAUGAAAAUAAAAACUAAAUUAAAAAGUUUAACUGUCGCAUUAUUCGUGAUAGCUGUGAUAAGUUUGACAAAUAACUGACUCGAUUUUUUUGCAUGGUAAAAAAUAAUGCGGACGCGCACAUGAUCGUUUCGUCGCUCUCUACGAAGAGUAGCAUAUAAACCGUUCAAAUUUUCCGUCAUAAGUAGCACGACUCGUUUGACCCACACUAGGCCUAGCUCAACUCAAACUUUAAACAACGAUUUUCUAUAAAAAUGUUCCGAUUUUUGCGAAACUGUCCCUAAUGAACAUUUUUAAAUAUUCACCAUUUAUAACAACUUUUUAUCGAAUUUAAGAUUGUUUAUAGUUUUAGUUUGGAAAUUUUAACUGUGCUAUAGUCUUCGUAGCGAGCGACAGUUUAUUCAAAACAAUUCAUAAGUAGCAUGCCUAUACCUAAAUUAUAAUAGGUUGUACUUGCCCGCAAUACAGAGUCAAGUCAAUCAAGUCAAUACGCGACUAACAUGCGGUACGGCAAUUGACACUUGACUCACGUACCUAUGGGUAAACCCAAUUAUUAUAACCGAUCAGAUAGCCGCAAUAAUUAUCAACAUUACCAGUUCAAUAUAUAAAUUAUAUAUUAAUCAUUAAUAAUUAUUAGUUGUAAUCUACCGCCGCAUAUCAGCGGCCCAUCGAAUGUAUCAAGUACACGCACAUUUUUAUAUAUACGCGUAUACUUAUAGGUACUAAAGUAUUAUGUAAACUUAAUAGAUUCGACAAGGAAAAACCAA